UGCGGGGCCGGCGCGGGGCGCUCGGGCCGGGGGCAGCCGGGGAGCCGGAAUGCGCAGUCUCACUAAUUCCAUCUAUUGCUGCUCUCCUGGCUCCGAGAUGACAGAGAGGAAUCUGAAUCCCAGGCUGGUUUGGGUUGGAAGGUUGGAUUUUAAGGCAUUUGGACUUAGAGGAAUGUCAGAUUUCCAAGGCUCCCAGUGUGUCCUGGUUUGGAUUGAUCUUCAGAAGCGGGUGUGCAGGCUGCUGGGCACCGCUGCAGGCGAGGCUGGUGCCCAGCUCGUGGGCUGUGCCAUGGACCAGGACUCCAGGCAGAAACUCCUCCCUGACUCUGCUCCCUGGGCUGCAAAGACGAAGCAGAAUUCCGUGAUUUUGGAAAAUCAUGGGAGCAAAGGCAUUUCCCAGCCCUGCCCGAGAUGUGUUGCUGGAGAAUCUGGCCACUUCAGUCACAUCCUGGGCUUCUAGAAACGGAGAGGGGCAGAGGAGCAGCUCAGAUUUCCUGCUGGAUCCCCAGGAUGCAGCUGGUCCUGGGCCCUGCCCUGCUGCCCCUCUGGGCACCGUGCCCUGCAAGCUCACACCUGCCCAAAACGCUGCUGCUCCUCAGGUGGCUCACAAUUUGGCCAUACAGGACAAAAACAGGCUGAUUUCUUGUUUAGGUAGCUCAGAAUUUGUCUAAAAAGGAUGAGAAAAGGCAGAUUUCAUGUUUCUCAGAAUUUGUUUUAAAAGGACAAGGAAAGGCAGAUUUCAGGUUUUAGACUGGUUAGGUUGAGCUGGCCGUGGGCCCAGGCUUCACCUGGGACUGAGCCAGAGCUUGUGUUGAUUCCAAAGGUUUUCCCAACAGCCCUGACCCCCUUGGAAAACGCUGCUGUGGAAAAUCCUCCUUGUGCAGGGCCACAGGCACGAAUGGGAGGACACAAAUCUUCAUUUUUAAGUGGCUUUGCAGCUGUGAAGUCCAGGAAAAAUCCCAUUGAAGCUUACGUUUAAAUCCCAAAAAAAAUCUGUUUAAAAAGGCUUGACCUCGUUACCCAGCAGGCUUUUAUUGGCACCAAUCUAAGGACAGGUUAAUUAACCUCUGAAAGGUUAAUUUUGGGGGUUAUCAGGCUGCAAAAUCCACAGGCAAAGGUUUUUUGCAGUCCUUGAAUCCUUCCCAUGUUGUGUGUGGGGUUGGAGUCAGCACUGAGUUGAGAUAUUCUCAUUAAAUCAAUGAAUAUCACAUAAAUACUGAGUUUAAUUCAGUAAUACAUGAGGAAUUAAGUCUAAAAGCAGACCUGCACUUAAUUGGCAUUCAGAUUUCGGUUUUAAAAAAAAAAAUUCCUCCAAGCCAAUAAAAAUUUUAGUUAGAUUUACAAUAAGUACUUUCAAGUUAGUAUUUACAUACUUGAUACCAAGAUCUGGGGGUCAGAAUUUGUGGGGAAUUCAUUUUUACAUCCCCCACCCUUGUCUUUUAAAAAUCCUGGUCAUCAAAGCAGUAUUUAAAAAAAAAAAAAAAAGUAGAUAAACAGCAGUUUCUGUGCUGCAAAAGCUGAAAUAUCUGAUUAAAUGUAAAGGGUUAAAAGGGUUUAGUUCCUGCAGAAUCACUCAAAACCUCAAGUGUGACUAGUAAUGAUUAGGACUGGUCAAAAAUUGCUUAAAUGUUGUCAAAAUUUCAGGUGUUCAAAGAGGGGAAUACCAAAACUGGACUCAGACUCUGUGAUGGAAGAGUUGUCUGCCAGGAUACAUCAUGCAAAAGUAUGGGAUCAAGUUCAAAACACAGGGAAUCCGUGGAUUAUCAAAGCAAAAAGUGGUUUUUCCUUAAAUAACUCCCAUUUUAUCGUGUUCAGGAGUGCACAGAUACCUGUGUCAACAUUUCCUCUGUUUGCUUUAAACUUGGAUCUGGUCUGGACUGGGGUAAAAGCAAGAGCCAGCUGGUUCCUUUCUGGCUUUCCUCUGCUCCUGCUGGGGUUUGUGGCACAUCCUUUUAAAUUCUCCUGCUUUUCCAGCCUUGGUUUGAAAUGUCGUGGUGAAUCCCAGGGCUGCUCCCAGCUGCUGCCUGCAGCAGAAUUUUAAUGGGAUUUUUGGGAACUCUUUUUCUUCUUUUUAAUCAAAAUCUGAAUGCCAGUUUAGUGCAGGUCUGGUUUUAGGUUUAUUUCCUCGUGUGUUCCUUGAGUAAACUCAGUAUUUGUGUGCUGCUCAUUUAUUUGAUGAGAAUUUCCCACUGGCACUGGGCAUGCAGGCCUUUCCCUGCAUUUCAUCCAGGGCAUUCCUGAGCUCCACAGCUGGGCAAUCCAGGAGCACCUGGUCCUGCUUUUGGCUCUGGGAGCUGCUCUGGGUGAGCAGGGACAUCCUUCCCCCUGUCCCAAAUGCCACAUGCAGCUCAGGCUGGCAGGGACAUUGGGACAUUGGGAAUUCCCAGGUGUUUCCCACACUGGGGUGUUUCCCAAACUGGGCUCUCUGUGUUGGGCAUUCUCCAGGAGCACAGAGGGGAAAGCAGAGCAAGUCAGCUCUGAUAUUGAAAUCAAUAAAUAAAAUAUAUUCUCCUCCUAAUGCCAUCUGUGCUGGGAGUGAGCCCCAAAAAGGGCAUCAGGCAGUGCAAAGGAGCCUGCCCUCGUUUCCAGCUGUCCCAGACCCCACUCCCUGCAGAGCUCCAGCCUGCUUUGGGCUGGAAAGGACCUCAAAGCCCAUCCAGCUCCUGUCCCAGUGCUCCCAGCCCCAUCCAGCCUGGCCUUGGCACUGCCCAGCCGCUCUGUGCCAGGGCUGCCCACGCUGGCUCUGCAGAAAUGCACAUUUCAGCUCCAUGCUGGGGGGCUGGCCCCACGGGGAACCCCUGGAGCUGCUCCCUGCAGGUCACACCCAGGUGUUCCCGUGUGACACGAUCUGUCCUAAGGUUGGGAUUUGUGGAGGUUCUUUUCACUGAUCUCAGGGUGCAAAAACUGACACGACAAGGGGGCUUUGCAGUAAAAAUCAAAACAAAUGUACCUUUAUUGAAUGACCACAGCGUUAGGGAGAAAGGAGAAUGAAGAAAAGGGAAAGAAAAAGGAGAAAAGAGAGAGGGAAAAAGGAAAGAGGGGUAUAGCUGCCAGACGUGGGAUCCUUCAGAGUGCAGUCGAGGGAGCCUGGAUCACGUCAGGGGAGAUCCCAACAGCCCCCAGCUGACCCAGGGGAUUUUAUUAUUGAAAAUUGAGUGGGGAGAACAGAUGCAAUAGUCCCUGAUCUCAGCAGUGGGCGAGAGCCAUUGUGGGUCCAGUGGUCACUUGCAAACUUGCUCUGGUCACCUGGCCUUCCCCACACGCCUUCCCCGCUCUGGGAUUUCAUCUCGGUCUUUGGGAAGGAGAGGGGGCUUUUCCAUGCAGGGGUGGCAUGUCUCAGUCCUUGGGGGAGAACCUUCUCCCCUCUCAGUCCAUCUGUCACCGUGGUUGAUGUGAGGUGAAUGCAGGGUCUUUGUGGUGACCACCGAGAAGGUCAUUCCAGAGAAAGUCCAGCCAAGUCGGGAGGGUGGAGAAAUUCCAGGGCCAGCGUUGCUAAGCGAUGCAGGCGAAGGAGAGCACGGUGUCCCUUGCCUUAUUCAUGGGGUGCAGCGUCCCUUGGGAGAGCAAACACACCCACAGACAAUAAUGUGGCUUGGUGGACCAGUCAGACCUGGAUUUUCAGAACAGGAUCUUCUCCUUUCCCCGGUGGUCUCGACUUCCAUGACGAUCGAGAGGCAAAGAACGAGGGGAGUUUCAGACAGACACUCACACCGUGCCAGGGCACUGCUGCCCUGGCUCCUCCUAAACUCUCCUCUGGAUAAAAUCACCUUUAGCUCCUCUCAGACCCCCGUUAUCCUGAAUUUUCCCCAGAUUGGAAGGCAGAAGCUCCUGGAUCAAUUCCAGAAUUAACUUUUCCUCUCAGAUGUGAUUCCUUGUUCCAUGUUUUCCAACAGGGCAAGGAGUGCUUUUUUAAAUCAGUCAGGCUGGAAGCAAAUUGGAGUUUAAUUGUCUGCUCCACUGAAGGCUUUUAAUGGUGAUAUUUUUUUAAAUAGAUGUGUUUGUAAUUUAUUUUGGGAUUUUCCAGGAUCAUAAGGCUGGCACAGGCUGGGGCAGUGAAUAUUCCUUUAAAGCAGAUUUGUGUCAAAUCUGCAGUGGAACCACAGAGUUAUUUUUGUAUGCCUUGUAAACUCUGAAAUUUUGUUGAUGAAAAAAGAUAUGUAAACUUUCUAUUUCCUACUGCUGUGGUUUGUACACAGAAUAACCAGAGUGAUGCUUUAUUUACCUGUAUAUAUAGAGAAAGGCCCCUGGCCUGUUUUUAAUUCAGGUUUAAAGGAUCUAAUUCUUAUUUUUAACUUUGUAUUUUGUAAAUUGUUCCUUAUAAAAGCAGAAGCAUUAAACACCACUUUGGCUGCAGCAUGGAAUUGUCUGGUUGUUAUUCCAUGAAUGAUUUCUGAAGAAUAAAGGUAAAUAAAACCUCUGAUGAGAAUAA